AGAUACAUUACUUUAUAUUAUUAUUUUUUGAAAGCAUUUGCUGUUGUUCUUGAUCCUCGUCGUAAGAUGUCAUAUAUCAAAUAUUGUUAUGAAAAGCUACUUGAAGAUGAAAAGGAAGCACUUUCGAAAGUGAGUAAGAUUCAGUCUAAUCUCGGGAAGCUUCUCGCUGAAUAUGAGUCAAAUGUUGGCACAACCUCAAGUCCUCGUCCAACAUCGCAAAACCACACAUCGUUGAGCACAUCAAGAAAACGAAAGUGCAGAUAUGAUUUUCUUGCAGAUUAUGACAAUGAACAAGCUUUGUCAGAAAGCAGUACAAAGACAAAGUUGGAGACUUACUUGAAUGAUCCUAAAGAGUCACACAUCACAGAUUUUGAUAUAUUGGACUUCUGGAAGACGAAUGAGUCUCGAUAUGGACAACUAUCUUACUUAGCAAGGGAUAUUCUGAGUGUGCCAUUAAUUCCGGUGGCAUGAAGAAAUGGAUAUUUAAUGAAUUGUGGCAGUGCUCUUUGGACAACUACUGAAGAAUGAAGAUUGUAUUGAGUA